UGGAGACCGCGACCCUGUCCCCGGAUGUUCACCACAGACCUUCCCGGAUUGCAUCUCACAGGUCUGGCGACCCCCCCACCUCGUCCAGCCAAGAAAGUCUGCGCCGGGACUCGACGAUGACCGAGGCCUAGCGGAAUGCGGGCGAGUCGGAGGCGCGGGGAUUGCGCUUCCCGGCGGCUCCAGGCUGGCCCCGCCCCCGCCCCCGGCGCUUUCUGGGAGUUGUAGUUCCCGAGCCGUCCCGGUCCUAGCCGUCCUCCCCGCGCCUCCGCCUCCCGCUACGCUUCUCACCUCUGGCCGCCUCCUAGCGGCCCCGGAGGCCACCACGUUUCCCACCCCGUCCAUAAGCGGCAAGCGGAGGGAAACUACAUCUCCCAGGACACCUCGAGCCGACCCCCUGUGAUUUCUCAGCGGGGCCGUGGACAAAAAUCCAGCGCGCCUCCGGCCAGCCCGGAGGAUAAUCCUCAGGACGGGGAGGAUGCCGCCGGCCCUGGGUGGGGGUCUGGCCGGGUCCGAGCUGCGUCCGCGAAGGGGUCGCUGCGGAUCCCAGGCUGCCAGGGCCGUGGGCCGGGACGCGCGCCCUGACUCUGCAGCGAAGAGCCCCGGACGGCCUGCUCUGACCUCGCGCCGCUUAGAGGCGGUCGGCCGCUGGGCCACGCUGGCCCUGGUGACGCUGCUGGCCUUCGCCACCCGCUUUCGCCGUCUGGACCAGCCGCCGCACAUCUGUUGGGAUGAGACUCACUUUGGGAAGAUGGGAAGUUACUACAUCAACCGAACCUUCUUCUUCGAUGUACACCCGCCCCUGGGGAAGAUGCUGAUCGGGCUUGCUGGCUACCUGAGUGGAUAUGAUGGUACCUUUUUGUUCCAGAAGCCUGGGGACAAAUAUGAGCACCACAACUACAUGGGAAUGAGAGGCCUCUGUGCCUUCCUCGGUUCCUGGCUGAUCCCCCUAGCCUACCUCACCGUGCUGGAUCUGUCCAAGUCCCUCCCAGCAGCACUGCUCGCUGCCGCCCUCCUCACGUUUGACACUGGAUGCCUCACUCUGUCCCAGUACAUCCUCCUUGACCCCAUCCUGAUGUUUUUCAUCAUGGCUGCCAUGCUGAGCAUGGUCAAGUACCACUCCUGCAGCGACAGGCCUUUCUCCGCCCCCUGGUGGUGUUGGCUCAGCCUGACUGGCAUCAGUCUAGCUGGUGCUUUAGGGGUCAAGUUCGUUGGCCUCUUUAUCAUCCUGCAAGUGGGGUUGAACACCAUCUCAGACCUUUGGCAACUGUUUGGAGACCUCAGUCUUUCACUGGUAACCAUAGGGAAACACCUGACUGCUCGCAUCCUGUGCCUCAUAGUGCUGCCUCUGUUGCUCUAUGUGGCCAUUUUUGCUGUCCACAUCACGGUGCUGAAUAAAAGUGGUCCUGGUGACGGCUUCUUCAGUUCUGCCUUCCAAGCCCGGCUUUCAGGGAACAGCCUUCACAAUGCUUCCAUCCCUGAAUAUCUGGCCUAUGGCUCCAUAAUCACUGUGAAGAAUCUCCGGAUGGCCAUUGGCUACCUUCACUCCCACAGGCACCUCUACCCCGAGGGCAUUGGUGCCCGCCAGCAACAGGUUACCACCUAUUUGCACAAGGAUUACAACAACCUGUGGAUCAUCAAGAAACAUAAUACAAAUGAAGAUCCCCUAGACCCUUCAAUCCCAGUGGAGUUCGUCAGGCAUGGAGACAUCAUUCGACUAGAACACAAAGAAACUUCUCGGAACUUGCAUAGUCACCAUCACGAGGCCCCUCUGACCCGGAAGCACUAUCAAGUCACUGGCUAUGGCAUAAAUGGGACAGGAGACUCAAACGAUUUCUGGAGGAUUGAGGUUGUAAACAGAAAGUUUGGAGACCGGAUCAAAGUGCUGAGAAGUCGAAUUCGCCUCAUCCAUGUGGUCACAGGUUGUGUCCUGGGCUCCUCAGGAAAGGUUCUGCCCAGAUGGGGCUGGGAGCAGUUGGAAGUUACGUGCACUCCGUACCUUAAAGAAACCCUCAAUUCCAUCUGGAACGUGGAGGACCACAUCAAUCCCAAACUGCCAAAUAUCAGCCUGGAUGUGCUGCAGCCCAGUUUUCCUGAGAUCUUGCUGGAGUCCCACAUGGUCAUGAUCCGGGGGAACAAUGGCCUCAAACCCAAGGACAAUGAAUUCACAUCCAAACCCUGGCACUGGCCUAUCAACUAUCAGGGCCUGCGCUUCUCAGGGGCCAAUGACACAGACUUCCGAGUCUAUCUGCUUGGCAACCCGGUCGUGUGGUGGCUGAACCUGGUGAGCCUUGCCCUCUACCUCCUCUCAGGUAGCGCCAUUGCUGUCGCCCUGCAGAGAGGGGCACAGCUGCCUGCAGAGCUGGAAGGCCUGACCCGCGUCCUGCUGCGAGGCGGUGGCCAGCUGCUGCUGGGCUGGAUGCUCCAUUACUUCCCGUUCUUCCUGAUGGGCCGCGUCCUGUACUUCCACCACUACUUCCCCGCCAUGCUCUUCUCCAGCAUGUUGACAGGUAUCCUGUGGGACACCCUCCUGCGGCUCUGCGCCUGGGGCUUGGCUUCCUCUCCCCUGGCUGGUGUUGUCCAUGCGGCGGGAAUCCUGAGCCUGCUCUUGGGAACAGCCUACAGCUUCUACCUCUUCCACCCUCUGGCUUAUGGGAUGAUCGGUCCCCUAGCUCAAGAACCCCAAAGUCCAAUGGCAGGACUAAAGUGGCUGGACUCAUGGGACUUUUGAAGCCACUGCCCCGAGACAGCCCGUUGUGAAGCCAGGCCCUGGAUCCUUCCAGCUUUGGAGGAGCACCUGAGGAGCCCAAAGCAGUCUGCUGCCUCCAGGACCAAACUCGGGGAGCAAACUUGGAUUAAACCCAACACUAAAGAGCCACAGCUCUGUCAGCAACAUUUCCAGGAAGACAGUAUGUCUCAGGUCCAGCUCCCCAAGUGUGCAACACCAGGGAGGAUGAGUGUGCAAGAGGAGGAAGGGUGUGCGUGUGGGAAGGAACAUUUAUUCAAACCCAUGUGGAAUGAAAACAAAGUGGUCAGUCGAGUGCCAGAAACUCUAAGAGAUAAUAGUCUAGGGCUACAGUAAUAUUUUCUGGUAUUUUUUCACAUUGAUUUUGAUUUAAAUUGGGUUUGUAAGAUUUGUAAGAAAUUUUCUGAUCUUCAAAAAGAGCAAGAGAACUGACCUCCCUUUCUCACUUGGGUGUAAAAGGGGAAAGCAAAUGAGACAUCAAAGCGGCACUGCCCUCCUUCCCCCAAGUGAACAAAUCGAGCAAGGUGGGCAGCCUGCUCCCUGUUGCUUCCCAAGGUGGCUGCGGGUGGCAGGACUUCGUGCCUGCAGUGGGUGUACACUGGUGGCAGAGAACUCCCCAGCCUGAGGCUGACCUUCCUUAGCCCUUGACAGCUUGUUCACUGGGAAUGACACCCUGUGAUCGGGUAGGAGGAACCCUCAUCCUAGCUGCUUUGUCCCCAGGCCCGGUAGCAGGGGCUGUUCUCACUGUCCAUCCCUGUUUCUCUGCAUCUGCUGCCCGUGGGCAUUGUCUGCUGGCUGUGAGUGUUUGGGAGCCUUCCCAGCAGCGAGGCAGACGGGAGUCGGAGAAGGGACCUGUGGCGCUGGGCACCCAGCGUGGUGCUGGGACAGGAGGUGCUUCAUCUGUCUGAGCUGAUGUCGCUGCCCCUGCUGGGCAUUCCUAUUCUCACUUCUCUAUGUCUCUCCUGAUGCUCCCACGUUUUCCUUCCCUGGUAUUCCUUUCCUGUCUCUUACUGUCUCACCACUGUGUGCCUCAUACUCAGAGCACUUAGAGCACAUAGCUGCUCCUGCUGUCGACCACUUUGAGCUCAGAACUGCUCCUUUCACUUCCUUCCUCAAAGGCAUUAAGACAACUUUUGCGUUGGAACCACGCCAAGGCCAGCCCUUCAGUCUGUCUCCCUCCUCUCCAUUCAGGACAAAAUGUUUAUUUGAUCCCAGAAGACUUUGAUGUUCAAGGUUUAAUGAUGAAUCUCUGUCACACUCCAUCUUUCCUCCACUGGAGCUCCCAACAAUGCUGACAGGGUCAAAGCUCUUUAAAUCAUCUUCAGGAGGCGGUUGCCACGGAGACUGGAAGUUGGUCUCAGGGACAGACUGUGCUACCUACUGCGUGGUGGGGAGGGAAGCUUCUGGGCCUUGCUUGGACGUUCAGAUGGAGUGUCACUAAUGCUCACAAAGGAAAUGCAGCCAUGUCUAAAGCAAGGCAGGGUGGUUAAUUAGGUCUGAGGCUCACUGACCUGCCUCUCCCAUGGCUGUGGCCCUUUUGACACCCCCAGCAGGAAGCACAGCCUGUGUUCAGAGUCUGGGCUGCCUGCUUAAUUGCAUUUCUGGCGGGGAAGGAAAGCUCUGUCCCCACUCACCCUCCCCUCUGCCUGGCCUUCCAGGCAGGGCUGGUUUCUCGGGAUUUGAGCGUAAGGGCACCAAAUAGGGUGCAGGUACCUGUGACUGGCUUUAGGAAAGUGCCCUAUGGGGACUUUUAACAGGUGGCUGAUUUCUCCUUGUGGCUUAUUUCCUAAGAAACACUUCUUAGGAGGAAGCUACUCUGCAACUGCCAGGGACAGCCUUUGAGCUAGGGUGGUGAAGGAGAGAGCCUGGUCUCUUCGAGGUCACACUGGGGACAGAAGUUUCCAAGGAUGAGAGGAGCACUCCUUCCUCUGUACCCAGGUUGGCAGGUACUUCUCUGGAGACAAGGUAACAUGGAUGACAUCAUACCUAGUGCUUAAAUUCUGCUUGGAAGAUGAAAGGGACAGAAGCCAUUAGGGUAUGGUUCUGCAGAUGAGCUGCAGCCCUCAGGAACUGGCAGAAACGUACACCUCACCAACUGCUGGUGGAGGAAGAAGUAAUUUGCCAGGCAACCCAACCCAACCUCCAGCCAGCAUCUUGAGCCACUAGAUUUUAUUUUAAAAAUUUUCCAGAGAAAAAUCAGAGGUCAUUACUUUUGUAAUAAAUAGCUCUUGUUUACAGUG